AUGGCCUCUGCCGCACUCAUCGACGCCGACAUGGCGCCGACUCUGCAGUCAAUUCUCGACCAAAAGACGCUCCGAUGGAUCUUUGUCGGUGGAAAGGGUGGUGUAGGAAAGACGACGACAUCGUGUUCACUCGCCAUUCAGCUUGCAAAGCACCGCAAAUCCGUCCUGCUCAUCUCCACCGAUCCUGCCCACAAUCUCUCAGACGCCUUCAACCAAAAGUUCGGCAAGGAUGCACGACUCGUCAACGGCUUCGACAACCUCAGCGCCAUGGAGAUUGAUCCGAACGGCAGUAUACAGGAUCUGUUAGCAAGUGGAGCGGAAGAGGGGCAAGAUCCCAUGGCUGGACUGGGCGGCAUGGGCAGUAUGAUGCAGGAUCUGGCCUUUUCAAUUCCCGGUGUGGACGAGGCCAUGUCUUUUGCCGAAGUGCUCAAACAAGUGAAGAGCAUGUCGUACGAAGUCAUCAUUUUUGAUACCGCGCCCACGGGCCACACACUCCGUUUCUUGCAGUUCCCCACUGUCAUGGAGAAGGCCCUCUCAAAAGUUUCUCAGCUCUCCCGACAAUUCGGCCCCAUGCUCAACUCCUUUCUCGGCGCAUCAGGCAGACUGCCAAACGGACAAAACAUGGAUGAGCUAAUUGAGAAGAUGGAGAACCUGAGGGAAACAAUCGGCGAGGUCAACGGCCAGUUCAAGGAUGCCGAUUUGACCACUUUUGUUUGCGUUUGCAUCCCAGAGUUCCUUAGUCUGUACGAGACGGAGCGCAUGAUCCAGGAGUUGAACAGCUACGAGAUUGACACUCAUUCCAUUGUCGUCAACCAGCUCUUGUUUCCCAAGCAGGACAACCCAUGCGAGCAAUGCAAUGCGCGCCGGAAGAUGCAAAAGAAGUACCUCGACCAGAUUGAGGAGCUGUAUGACGAAUUCAACGUGGUCAAGAUGCCGUUGCUAGUCGAGGAAGUGCGAGGCAAAGAGAAGCUGGAGAAAUUCAGCGAGAUGCUUGUUAAGCCCUUUGUGCCUCCGCAGUAA